AGUAAAAGACCCGUGUUGGUUCUUCAGAAUGACUCUCUCUACUCUCAGAGACGUCCUUACACCAGUGAAGAUGAGGCCUGGAAAACCUUUCUUGAAAAUCCCCUUACAGCAGCUACCAAAGCUAUGAUGAGCAUCAAUGGUGAUGAAGACAGUGCAGCUGCCCUUGGACUGCUCUAUGAUUACUACAAGGUUCCAAGGGAGAGGAGAUCUUCGACAGCUAAACCAGAGGUGGAACAUCCUGACCCAGACCAUAGUAAAAGGAACAGCAUCCCAAAUGUAACAGAACAGUCGCUCAUUUCUGCUGGAGAAAACAGAGUCCAGGUUCUGAAAAAUGUGCCUUUCAAUAUUGUUCUUCCACACACCCCCCAGAUGGGCAUGGACAAGAGAGGCCACCUUACAACCCCUGACACAACAGUCACCGUUUCGAUUGCUACGAUGCCCACCCAUUCCAUCAAAACGGAGACGCAGCCCCAUGGCUUUGCAGUGGGCAUCCCACCAAGUGUCUACCACCCCGAGCCCCCUGAGCGGGUGGUGGUCUUUGACAGGAACCUCAAUCCUGACCAGUUCAGUUCCAACACCCAGCCUCAAAACUCCCAGAGGCGAACGCCAGACUCCACCUUCUCAGAGACUUUCAAGGAGGGUGUGCAAGAGGUUUUCUUUCCUACUGAACUGAAUCUCCGGAUGGCCAACAUGAAUUCAGAAGAUUAUGUUUUUGACAGCAUUUCUGGGAACAACUUUGAAUACACUCUGGAAGCCUCCAAGUCCCUCCGACAGAAGCCCGGGGACAGCACGAUGACUUACCUGAAUAAAGGUCAAUUUUAUCCGAUCACACUGAAAGAAGUCAGCAGCAGCGAAGGAAUUCAUCAUCCCAUCAGUAAAGUCCGAAGUGUCAUCAUGGUUGUGUUUGCUGAAGACAAAACAAGGGAAGAUCAGCUCAGGCACUGGAAAUACUGGCACUCAAGACAGCACACGGCCAAACAAAGGUGCAUUGACAUAGCUGACUACAAGGAGAGCUUCAACACCAUCAGUAACAUUGAGGAGAUCGCGUACAAUGCCAUAUCCUUCACUUGGGACAUCAACGAGGAAGCAAAG